ACAAGUUGUCCGUUCUAUGGGCAUUAUUUUCCACGCCAAAUCGCCGAUACGUAUGUUUGUUUCAUGUUGGCAAAAGACUCUUCAUGAAGUGUGCAAUUGAGCCGAAAGCAUCAACAGCACAAUAUCUAACUCUCAAUUUAGAUCUAACAUUCAAGUGCUGAUUUUCAUGCAUAAAUCCGCUCAAAGUGCUUGUGGGGUUUCAGAAAUGAUUUUGUUGGCGAUUUGUUUUAUGAGCUCGCUGUGGACUUUUGCUUAUUCAGCAAGGGUGAUACCGACCUCUUCCUGCAAAUGUUGGCAGGAUUAUCAAGCGGAAAUUGGAGAGUCAGGACUUCAGUGUGUGGCUUUAGAUCAAUUUCAUGUGAUGCCCUGUAAUAUGCCGAAACUACCAAAAUGUGAAUGUUCCGGCGGGAUCAGCAAUAUUCUAAAGGAUGAGAGUGGCACUUGGUGCACCAAGUACACGAAAGGGGAGGAACAAAUGCGAUGGCCAUGCGAAAACGCCCAAGAAUGGGACGAUUUUUUCCAGAAAAAUCCCAAUUUGCUUUAAAUGCAUGACUGGAAGGGUUUUACUAUUUCUUUACUGUAUGGAAGCCUUGAGGUGACAUGUUUUGAACCGUUUGGUUCAAAAUUAACAAAGUAAUUUGACUGUAUGUUUGUGUUGAUUGAGUAGAACAGAGGACAUCAUUAUUUGAAAAAAAAAGGAUUUAGUUGUCUAAUCAAAGGCUUGUUAAAUACAUGUUUGUGUUCGAAUUGUCGCUUUAAAAGUUUCGAAAAACCCUGUGAGUUUAGUAAAUUGCAUUAUUUAAAUCAAACAUCCAACUAUAAUUAUACACAUUGAUCUAAUACUAAUGGAGGAACAUUAUAAUUAUUUGACCAAUGAUAAUAAUAAUUAAACCAGAUCAGUGUUCCGUGUUUCGAAUAAAUACAAUUCAGUAAUGUAAAUAUUAAUUAUAUUCAAUGUAAUAACAAACGGAAUUAAUUGGCCCGUUAUUUAUUCAAUUUAUGCUGAUGGGCCCAUUGUCUUUAUUUUCAAUGUUAUUGUGUCAAAUUUGAUAUUUUUACCGAUUUCGUAUCGAACAUAAUGGCGCAAUAAAUAAAAUUGCUGCAUUUUGCUUUUCUCCGUAAAAAAAUAUAUUUUAGUUAUUUGUUAUAUUGAUUAAAGUAAUGAAAAAAUCCAAACUUAAAACGCUUUAAUAUUUACCACAUCUUUUGUCUUAGUGUUAAUGUCUCAUCUUAGUCAAGUUAUAUCAUUAUUAGUUUCGAAUGAUGUUUGAAACUAAUAAAAUAAAGUAAUAAUCUAAAA